UUCAGGUUUCUUUAGGGUGGGGUUAUUUUUUAUUUUUAUCUUUGCUUGACCAAAACGUUUUCUUUGACUACCAAAUAGUAUAAAACGCAGCGUUUUUUAUUUCCACGAGGAGACGAAAAAGAAAAAGGAAAAUGGGAAGCGAGAGGAAGGAAAAGAAGAGCAAGGAAAGGAAGAGCAAGAAGAGAUCAACUUACUCUUCUUCUGCCUCCGAAGAUGAAGGAAGGGAAAAAAGGCAAAGGAGAGGAGAGGAAGAGGAAAGGAAAAGCAGGAAGAAGAAUGAUAGGAGAGAGAAAAGGAAAGACAAGAAACCUCACAACCACUCUUCUGAUAAAGAGAAGAAGUCAAAGGAGAAGCACAGAAGUAAACAUCACAAAGAUUACCGCCACUCUAAACAUGGGUUCCUAGAAUUAUCCAAUGAUGACUAUUUUUCUAAGAACAAUGAAUUCGCUACCUGGCUGAAAGAAGAGAAACAUGUGUUUUUCUCCAAUCUUUCGUCUGAGUCUGCUCGGGAAUUAUUCUCAGACUUUGUUAAAGACUGGAAUAACCAGAAGCUCGGAUCUCAGUACUAUGAAGGCAUUGCAACUGGGCCACGGACUGCGCAUAACUGGAAAAUCAAACAGCUGGCUAUUUGUUGCAGAAACCUUCUCAAAGCCAAACUUCCAGUACUCCCCACUGCUCUCUACAACCUUCCUUCGCGAACCCACUUCAAACUUCACGUCAUCUCCUCAAUCCAAUGGCCAGAAAAAGAAGAAGAAAAACCCGGAAGUCAUGCCACCAUUGCCCUCUCAAACCACCCUAACCCCGAAAUCUCUUGCUUUUAUCAAAAGGGUUUCUCUCAAAUCACCCAAGAAACCACUGGCAAAGCCUUACAUGCGCUUUGCAUCAAAGGUUUAGUCCCUUUAAGCGUGUUUCUUACAAAUACAUUGAUUAAUAUGUACUCAAAGUUUGGCCUUGUUGAUUACGCUCGUUACCUGUUCGAUAAUUUGUCUGUUAGAAAUGAUGCUUCUUGGAACACUAUGAUGUCGGGGCUUGUUCGAGUUGGUUUAUAUGGGGACGUGAUGUUUUUGUUUCGUGAAAUGCAGAGUUUUGGUGUCAGGCCUUCGGGGUUUCUUGUUUCAAGCUUGAUAACUGCUUGUGAUAGGUCGGGUUGUAUGUUUAGUGAAGGGAUUCAAGUUCAUGGUUUUGUUGUUAAAGUUGGUUUGUUAUGUGAUGUGUUUGUGGGAACUUGUUUGCUGCAUUUUUAUGGAGCUUACAAGAGAGUUUUUGAUGAGCAAAGGCUCUUCGAGGAGAUGCCCGAGAGGAAUGUAGUCUCCUGGACUUCAUUGAUGUUUGGAUAUUUAGAUAGUGGAGAUUUGGAGAAUGUUAUAUAUUUAUAUCGGGAAAUGAUGAAAGAAGAGGUUAGUUGUAAUGAGAACACAUUUGCUACCGUGAUAACUGCUUGUACGUUGCUUGAAGAUGAAUUAUUGGGUCAUAAAGUUCUUGGUCAUGUUGUAAAGUCUGGUUUUGAAAAUAAAGUUUCUGUUGCUAAUUCUCUCAUAUCUAUGUUUGGUAGUUUAGGGAGACUAAAAGAGGCCUGUUAUGUUUUUAGUUGCAUGAAUGAAUGUGACACGAUCUCUUGGAACUCAAUAAUUUCUGCACAUGUUCAGAAUGGACUUUGUGGGGAGUCAAUGAGAUUUUUUCAUCUGAUGCGUCAUGUUCAUAAGAAAAUAAAUUCUACUACUCUUGCAACUUUGCUUUCUGCCUGCAGUUCCGUAGAUAAUUUAAAAUGGGGACAAGGAAUGCAUGGUCUAGUCUUUAGGUUGGGACUGGAUUCAAACGUUUGUAUAUGCAAUUCACUUUUAGGUAUGUAUUAUGAAGCUGGAAGGUUGGAUGAUGCAGAAUUUGUCUUUAAAGAAAUGUUGGAGACGGAUUUAAUUUCUUGGAAUUCCAUGAUGACCUGCUAUGUUAGAGACGGGAGGAGCCUAGAUGCCUUAAAAUUAUUGAUCAAAAUGCUUCAAAUGAAAAAGGCAAUUAGCUAUGUGACUUUUACGAGUGCAUUGGCAGCUUGCUCUAACUCUGAGUUUAUUGAUGAAGGGAAGAUAGUGCAUGCUCUUGUAAUUCUGUCAGGUAUGCAUGAGAACGUGGUUGUUGGAAAUGCAUCAGUGACUAUGUAUGCAAAGUCUGGUUUGAUGGUUGAAGCAAAAAAGGUUUUCCAGAUGAUGCCCAAGCGAAACAAAGUCACUUGGAAUGCCCUCAUCGGUGGCCAUGCAGAAAAUGAAGAACCAGAUGAGGCAGUAAAAGCCUUUCAGUUUAUGAGAGAAGAAGGUAUAAAAACAGACUACAUUACAAUAUCAAAUGUUCUAGGUGCUUGCAUGACCCCUAAUGAUUUACUGAAAUACGGGAGGCCCAUCCAUUCACAUAUUGUUUCAACAGGAUUUGAAUCAAACAAAUAUGUGCAGAAUUCCCUUAUCACAAUGUAUGCCAAGUGUGGUGAUCUCCAAUCAAGUAACUAUAUCUUUGAUGGAUUGCCUCAUAAGAACUCUGUCUCAUGGAAUGCAAUUAUUGCAGCAAAUGCUUAUCAUCAUCUUGAGGAAGAGGUCUUAAAAGUUAUUGUGAAGAUGAGAAGUGCUGGUAUAGAUAUAGAUCAAUUCAGCUUCUCUGAAGGUCUUGCUGCUACCGCUAAGUUGGCUGCCUUGGAGGAAGGCCAACAACUCCACUGUCUUGCAGUUAAACUUGGAUUUGACUCAGAUGAUUUUGUUACUAAUGCUGCAAUGGAUAUGUAUGGAAAAUGUGGGGAAAUGGACGAUGUAUUAAGAAUACUUCCCCAACCAUUCAAUAGAUCUCGAUUAACAUGGAACAUAUUAAUAUCAGCUUUUGCCAGACAUGGGCAUUUCCAAAAGGCAAGAGAAACUUUCAAUGAAAUGCUGGAAAUGGGGCAGAAGCCUGACCAUGUAACCUUUGUCUCUCUUCUUUCUGCUUGCAAUCAUGGGGGCCUGGUGGAUGAGGGUCUUACAUAUUAUACUAAAAUGAGCAAAGAGUUUAAUGUCCCACCAGGAAAAGAGCAUUGUGUAUGUAUAAUUGAUCUUCUUGGACGAUCAGGAAGGCUUGUUGAGGCUGAAACUUUUAUCAACGAAAUGCCUGUCCCGCCAGAUGAUCUUUUCUGGCGGAGCUUGUUGGGUUCAUGUAAAAUCCAUGGCAAUUUGGAGCUUGCGAAGAAAGCUGCAGAACAUCUUUUUGAGUUGGACCCAUCAGAUGACUCGGCUUAUGUUCUAUAUUCUAAUAUUUGUGCAACUACUGGGAAAUGGGAUGAUGUAGAGGAUGUAAGGAGACAAAUGGGGUCAUACAACAUAAAGAAGAAACCUGCAUGCAGUUGGGUGAAGUUGAAGAACCAGGUGGGAUUGUUUGGAAUGGGGGAUCAAACACAUCCUCAGGCCAAUGAAAUAUAUGCAAAGUUGGGAGAGCUUAAGAAGAUGAUUAAAGAAGCAGGUUAUGUUCCUGAUACCAGCUAUGCAUUGCAAGAUACAGAUGAAGAACAAAAAGAGCAUAAUCUUUGGAACCACAGUGAGAGACUAGCCCUUGCAUUUGGAUUAUUAAAUACUCCAGAUGGUUCAACCAUUAGAGUGUUCAAGAACCUUCGUGUUUGUGGUGAUUGCCAUUCUUUUUACAAGUUUGUCAGCGGAAUUAUCAGCCGAAAAAUUUUAUUGAGGGAUCCUUACCGGUUCCACCAUUUUAGUGGUGGCCAAUGUUCUUGUUCUGAUUACUGGUGAGUGGUAAGAAUAGCUAUUUUUGAGCUCUAAGCAGGAUCUUAUAACAGGAAUAGCAAGUAAAUGUGCUGCUUCUUUAUAGAAUACAUCCUCUUGCUACAUCCUUAACUUUUUUUUCUUUACAAAUUAGAUCACAGCUUGGGAAUAAGAGAAAGGUUGCCGCAAUUACUAUUAGAAAUUUU